AACGCCAAACGUCAGUGCGCCUUCACCCCAGGUCGAUCCUUUCCAGCCAGUGGCUUUCAUUUUUCGCGACGUGUUGCGGUUUUUGUGAUCCAAAUUCCACCGAAAAACCGGCCUCAAAAUGCAAGUUGCUGCAAUCUUCAUCGACGCCGAGAUUGAGGAUCAGGCGCAAGAGUUGCGAAAGUUCUUCAAGAAGCUGGGCGCCGAAAUCAGCGAGGACAAGUCGUCGAAGGGCAUCGAGGAUGACCUGCAUAAGAUUAUCGGCGUGUGCGACGUGUGCUUCAAGGAUCCGAGCCUGCACACGGUGGAGGAGAUUGACGCGGUGCUGAACAGUGUCGUGUCGAUUAUCGUGUCCAUUCCGCUGGAGCGCGGCGAGAACCUGAUUCUGGCGUUCUGCGAGAAGAUGACGAAGGCGCCCGACCAGAAGCUGGCCCAGGUGUGCCUGCAGAGUUUGUGGCGAUUGUUCAGCAACCUGGAGUUGACCUCUCCGCUGCGGUACCAUGUGUACUACCAUCUGGUCCAGGUGGCCAAGCAGGUUGACCAGGUUAAGGAGGUGUUCACCGGUGUGGAGCAGCUGAAGAACCAGUUCACGCAGUGUCCGCCGUCGAACGAGCAGAUGCAGAAGCUGUACCGGCUGUUGCAUGACGUCCUGAAGGACACCAACAGCGAACUGGCCUCAAAGGUCAUGAUCGAGCUGCUGGGAACGUACACUGCGGAGAACGCUUCGUACGCCCGCGAAGACGCCAUGAAGUGCAUCGUGACGGCGCUGGCCGAUCCGAACACCUUCCUGCUGGAUCCUCUGCUGUCGCUGAAGCCGGUCCGAUUCCUCGAGGGUGAACUGAUCCACGACUUGCUGUCGGUGUUCGUGUCGGAGAAGCUCCCGGCGUACCUCCAGUUCUACCAGAACCACAAGGAAUUCGUCAACUCGCAAGGUCUGAACCACGAACAAAACAUCAAAAAGAUGCGCCUCCUCUCGUUCAUGCAACUGGCCGAAAGCAACCCGGAAAUGACCUUCGCCCAGCUCCAGGACGAGCUCCAGAUCGGCGAGAACGACGUCGAACCGUUCAUUAUCGAAGUCCUGAAGACGAAGCUGGUGCGCGCCCGCAUGGACCAGAAGGCCCGCAAGGUGCACAUCUCCAGCACGAUGCACCGCACCUUCGGACGGCCCCAAUGGCAACAGCUGCGUGACCUGCUGCACGCGUGGAAGGCCAACCUGACGUUGGUCCAGGAGAACAUGAAAUCCGUCGCCGAAGCGCAAAUCGAACUGACCCGCAAGCAGUAAACCCUUCUCAGGACGUUAGUUUUUUUUUCCUGCAAGAAGUGCAAGAAGAAGAAAAAAGUGAAUCAGAGACAACACAAAAAAACAGCAGCAAAUAGACUACUAAAUCAAGAAGAUAAAUUCAAAAGAGUGUAUUCGUGACUGAAUCCGAAUACCGAUAUUCCUCCCGCCCGUGGUUGCGCCCAACUCCCCGAGAAACUAAAGUGGUGCACCACGCAAGUGUUUAAAGUAGUGUGGGGCGGGAGCGUGUGUGCGCGAGUGACAAAAAGGACUUUUAGCUUAACAAAAAACUUCCAAGUAAACAGCCGCCAGAAGGGGCGCGCGCGGUGUUGGACUUCGGAGCGAGCUCCUUUGGGCCCCGUUGCCCGGGAAGACCGCGAAGGAGUUCACGCCGGAGAGGAGGAGGAGCAGGAGUGGGUUUCGUUCAUUGUAUCCGUAAGCGUAGGGACAUUACUGAUAAGCUUGUAUUAAGUUACACACUUUUCAUAAUAUAUAUAAUAUGCAAAUUUUAGUACAUGAACGGAACGGAAA